GACUUCAAUGUCACUGAAAUAUUGGAGAGCGCUUACAGCUUGUUGUUGUAGCCGGGUUUGCCAAUAAGUUCAAUUUUUCUUUUAGUUGUAUUUUAUGUACCUUAAAUAUUAUUCGAAUGAUAAAGGUGGAAGCUGUAAAAUUCUGUUUAAACUAGAAUAAUCAUAAAUAACAAUCAUUUAGUAAGCUAUUAUUGGAGUUUAACAAUUGCCCUCCAAAAUGUCGGGAAAAUCAUACACAAUGAAAGAAAUGAAAGCAAUAGUGGAGUAUUUAGUAGAACACAAAGCUUUUUCAGAAAUAAAAGGGCGCAAAAUGUGGAUGGACAUGGCUAGUUCCGAUGUUACAAGCAGAACAUGGCAAAGUUUAAAAGAGACAUUUCUCAAGAGAAUAUUACCUGACAUUAAUAAUCCAUACUAUAAGCUGUCUACACAUCAGAUAGCAAGUUUUAAAAAUGGAAACGACAUAGAAGCAAGAUUAAAUAAUAAAUUGGAAAUAAAGUCAAUUGAUAUUGAGUCAAGUAACGAAGAGGAGGAGAAGAAUGGUAAAGAAAAAUUACAGAAAAACAAUGAAAAUAUAGGAGAUAAACCGUCAGGUGAGGAUCUCCAAAAAUUAAAAGCAAAUACCAGGGAUUCUACUGACACGCUUAUAUUGGAAAACUGCUAUGAAACUGUGGAGGACAUUAAAGGGGAUAUGCUAUCACCCAAUGAGGAUGAGGACAAGAAAGAGGAUACUUGCCCGAAAUCAUUGCGUGAUUUGAUUACGUAUUCUGAACCAUUAACUAAUUUGCUACAAAAUACUCUUGAUGAUUUUGCUACAGAUGAAGAGGAGUCGAAUGGUGAGCCUCAGAUGCAAAUAGUAGAAAAUGAAGAAGCAACUAGGAGAGAUACUACCAAAGAUGAUGUAGUCAAUGAAAUACAUGAUUCAGACAGCGGAAAAGAACCAAAUGAUGCAUCGAAACAACAAGAAUCGAACGUAGAGAAUGAAAACAAUAUGAAUCCAAAGACCUCUGAAGUUCAACUUGAAAAAGAUCAGUCCACAGACAUAUUGACUGACAAUCAUGUUGCCGAUAAAAAAGGUGAAGAAGAUGCAUCGGCAUCUAAGGCUCUAAAUGAGAAUAACCAAAGGAAAUCAGAUGUAACACAAAACAGCACAACAAUUACUGAAUCUAUACCUAACAAUCAGGAAGCAUUUCAAAAGAAGAAGGACGAUUCUCCAAAGAAAGAUCAAGAGUUGUCAAAAAAGCAGUAUGAUAAUAAAAAUAACAGAAAAAGGGCAAGUUCACAGGAAAUUCAACAGAGGAAGGGCGUUAAGAAGAGUCAUUUGAGUUUACCUAAGCAAUCAAUAUCGGAUUCAGACGCCGUCACUAAAAGUAAGGACAAAAAGAAAUUAAAUCCUAAAAUCAUUGAGAAGAAUCUUAAUCAAUUGGACGAAAAAAAUGAAUCUGUAAAUAACGGAUUGGCUUUAAUAGUUGAGGAGAAAGAUAAAGUCACAGAACAAACAACUGUUAAUGAAACUGAAGCAGUACAAGAAGAUGUUGAAAUGGCCCAAGAGAUUGACAACGCCUGUCAAAAGCGCGUCAGUGUCUCCGAGGAGCUGCCAUUGUACAAGCAAGGCAGAGAAAGCCUGAAUGAAAAAAAUACGAAAAAAACAAAAUCAAAAAGUAUUAAGGAUUCUAAAUUGCUCAAUGAUAUUGUGAUACUUCAGUCUCAUUCAGACUCAGUGAGUGAUAGUUCAAGAAUCGAGUUAACACCUCCAAAGAAGGACAAGAAAGUUGUUACAAAGACACGAGAGAAAGUUAUGGCCGAUGUUUUUGGAUAUUCUCGUGGUGCUGUGCAUAAAAAAUCUAGAAGAACUGUGAGCUACCGGAAGCAUUCCACAAGUCAGAAAGCACAUCGCAUUAGUUCCGGUUCUAGCGAGUGGACUUCAGACACAAGCUCCGAAUUUAUUUCACCACCACGAGGUCGUAAGAACAAACAGACGAGGAAGUAUUUAAAACCCAAGUCGGCCCGUAUUCUGUCCUUAGAAGAAGAGGGAGGCCUGUUUGUAAUGUAUGGUAAGAAGAUAUAUCCAGUUGUUAAGGACGGAAAAAUUAUAAAAAACUACGUCACAUACACACCCGAAGAAGAAGUAGACCAUGAAGAAUCAUUUUGGAAGCUGAAGUAUGUGGAGGAGAAAAAAAAGGCUGAUGAAUUGACUAAAUUGUUGAAGCAAAUAAAGGAUAAGAGAGAAAAUGUUGUCAGUCAAGUGCCUGCAUUGAACACAACCGAAAAUAGAGUUAGCAUUGCAAAUCAACCAGAGGUACACAAUGCAAUACAAGAUAAAAAGUCAUCAGAACCUCCAGCAGUGCAGAACAAGAAUGACACUGAGGAUAAGACUGUUAAAAUUAAAUUCACUAAGAAUAAUGAGGAAGUCCAACUGGAAGGUCAUUGGUCCCAUGUAAAUCCAAUUUUGGCACAAGUUAUGCAGUUACUACAAAAAGAGUCUAAUGAACCGAAAGGCAAUGUUGUAAAGGAGGACAAGAACGCCUCGGCCACCGAGAGUAGAGAGACAGUGGAGAUUAGAAACCAAACAAAUACAAAACCAGUUGCAACUAAAACUAACGCAACCGAGAUUAACAUCAAAAAUAAUCGAGACAUCAGCAGGCAAUCGACACCGGUCAUUCCAGUGGAUAUCGAAGAUGAAGUAAAGGAGAAAGUGAACCAAAUAGAAAACGAGAUUUUUAAAGAGAUAGAGGAAAGAGACCAAGAAGAAUCGUCCAUUAAAACGAACUCAUCGCAACCAGAGGAAAAUGUCACGAAACGACGCGGAAGACCUAGAAAGUCUUCCGCUAACGCCAGCGCCCCCGUCAGUCCAAAUAAGAAACUUAAACUGAACCCGGAAGUUAUAAAGGAAGAUGAACAAAAACAGGAUACCAACGAAAGUUCUAAAGACAGCGAACCGGAAACAGACACGAAGGCAUCGGAAGCGAGGAAAACAAGAUCACCCAAAAAAAGUUCAAACGAACCUCCAAAGGAGAUUAGGACAAGACAGUCCCUAUCAAGAAAGUCCAAGGAAAUUAAAAGUCCAAAAUUCAACGAAUCUGCGCAGAAAACACGGUACAAAUUCCCAUCUCCGCCGCCGACUAGAAAGACUAAAGCAUCGAAAAACAAUAAAGCAAAAGUUAGAUACUUGAUGCCAGAAUAUAAAGUACAUUCUUCACCAGAAAGUCGAUCAAUGUGGUCAAUAGAUAGCACUCAAGGAUACCAAGACUCGGACGAGAGUCCGUUGAGAAUGUUACUCAGAAGGAAGAAAAGAAUUAACCAUAGCAUGCUCUCGAAUAGAGGGAAAAAUAUACACAGGUACAGAACGAAUUCACAUCCGAUGUUAACAGAUGAUAUUACAAGCGAAUCGAGCAAUUCCUGUCAAGAUCAACGUAUAAAGACAAUGACCUUCCAAAAUUCUACUAUAAGUUCCGAAGUAUACAGUUCGGAGUCGUACCGCCUUUUGAUGGGUAAAAAUUUGACACAGAAUCGUACAAAAUUAAAUUUGGAGAAAAUUCCUGAAAGUCCCAAUUUAACCGAACAAAAAGACCUAAAUGCACAGGCAUACGGAGAUAUUAUUGCUAGUACUGUAGGAUCUCAAAGCGGUAACAAGAUAGAGGAGAAUUAUAAAUCGCAAGCAGAGGAAUACAGUACAAGCAAUGUUUCCUUACCGACAUCACCAGUAUUGUCCAUUGUAGAAAAUAUAUCCAUUAGCAAAGACUUACUAAGCAGCGUUGACGAUUUCCCCGUUAGUGAUGACUUUCCCGUUAUUGAUGACAUGCAAAUUAAUGACCAAAUUAUUCUAAACAAUUUCAUAAAAACUGAAGCAGAUGUUUCCAUGCCUCUCAUGGAGCGAGAAUGUGCUAUAGAGACAAGGGGACAAAACGGGAUGGAAUAUCACUAUAACUUGAGUAACGUUAAAAAUACACCGAUGUCUGAGACACUCAUAAAUAAAAUAAAUACAGUUCAAAUACAAGAACCGACAUUAACGGAUUCCAUUAACAAUAAGCUGAAGGACUUAAUGUUAGAGAGCACUAAGAAAAAGUUGAAAAUCAAUAAGGAAGUUGACCUUAACAACAACAUCGAUAAUGUUAAUAUGGAUGAUAAAGAAAACAAAAAGAAAAAAACACAAAAACGGAGUUCCACACCACGAAAACGUAGAAGCUCUCGCAGGUUACACCUCGUCAACAACGAGCCCUGUAUUGAAGAACAUACAGAAAGUUGUUCAUACAGCAGAAAGUCCUGUCCACCGGUCGUGCAAAAUGUUGAAAAUGACUUAAACAUGGACAUUGCCCAACAAAUUGAUAGCGGAAAUAUUAAAAGUAGGGUGAAAAAAGAUAUUAUUAAAGUCAAAAUAACAAAGCCAAGAUCUUCUAAAGCAACACGUAAGGGCUCAUCAGAUAACGACCCUUCAAAUGCAAAUGAAGCAAAUGUAGAUUCAGAAUCAGGAGUAUUCCUUCAAUGCUUUAAUGAUACCAUAGAUUUAAUUCACAAUCACUCCGAGACUUGCCUCACUGCUCACGACUGUAUGGCAGACAGUGUACAGUUCGUAGAGAACACUGAAUCAAUUAUAUCUGUAGACUCUAAACAAUCCGACAACAGCUCUACUAAGAACAGUGAUGAUUUUGAUGGUUUACAAUAUAACUUGUUUUCUCAAGAUGCUCAAGAUGGAUCCGAGCUUGGAAAAGAGAAAAUUUCCAAUGCUACGGCAUUUCAUACACCGCUGAGCGGUGUCUCAGAACACAACAGCCUCAUAACAGAAGAUUUAUCUGAGUUGUCAGAAGAUAAAGUCAUAAAAACUAACAAGAAGACACAAAGCACUCGAUGGUACCUUUUCUCAGAGGAUGAAACGACCAGCUCAAAUUUCUGUGAUACUAACCAGAAUUCAACACUAGCUAUAGGUUGUGCGUCAAAUCUGGAGCAGAUAUUUCCCAUAACUUGUGCUGUACCCAACUUAUCUACGAUUACUGAAGCGUCGAAUCAAAAUGAAGAAAAUGUCAAAAAAUUUAGUAAGGCAGAAACCGAUCCUAGAAAUAAUUCCGAUUCUCAAAAAAUGUUAUUAUAAUUUUAUUUUUCUAUUAUGCUAUUCAUUGUUAAGUUAAAAUAUUUUGGAUGAUUGUAUAAAAUAAAUGAUUUAAUAUCAA